GGGUCCCGCGCGGGCGGGCGGGGCCCGGCGGAGGCGCAGACAUGGCCGCGCUCGCGGAGCCGCUGGGGCUGGAACGGGACGUGUCCCGGGCAGUGGAGCUCCUGGAGCGGCUCCAGCGCAGCGGGGAGCUACCCCCCCAGAAGCUGCAGGCCCUCCAGCGAGUCCUGCAGAGUCGUUUCUGCUCAGCCAUCCGAGAGGUGUAUGAACAACUCUAUGAUACUCUGGAUAUCACAGGCAGUGCAGAGAUCCGGGCUCAUGCCACAGCCAAGGCCACAGUAGCAGCCUUUGCUGCCAGUGAGGGCCAUGCCCACCCCCGAGUGGUGGAACUGCCCAGAACAGAUGAAGGCCUGGGCUUCAACAUCAUGGGAGGGAAAGAGCAGAACUCUCCCAUCUACAUCUCUCGAGUCAUUCCUGGUGGGGUGGCUGACCGACAUGGUGGCCUCAAGAGAGGGGACCAGCUACUCUCUGUCAAUGGAGUGAGUGUGGAAGGGGAGCAGCAUGAGAAGGCUGUGGAGCUGCUCAAGGCUGCUCAAGGCACCGUGAAGCUUGUUGUCCGGUACACACCUCGAGUCCUGGAAGAGAUGGAGGCCCGGUUUGAGAAGAUGCGCUCAGCUCGGCGGCGCCAACAGCACCAAAGCUACUCGUCCCUGGAGUCCCGAGGCUGAGAUCUCCUGGCUUGCCUCCUGUUCCUCAAACCUGGAUGAUGAACCAUCUUUCCCCCUUGCCCCAUUCUGGUCCCUCUGUACAGUAUUUAUUUGCCCAGUCCUUCCCUAGACCCUAUUUAAAGCUCUUCUUUCCCUGC